AUGACUCCGGUCCUUGCUGGGACACUGCCCUGGCACGAUGGCGAGAGGAAGAUGCACACUUUGCUUCAAGUCCCGUUUAACACCAAUCCAACUGUACCUUAUCUCAGCCCAGGAGCCGCAUUCCUGGUACAAAGGUCUCCUUUAAUGGCCUUGGGCACAAUAGAUCAGGAAGGCCGACCAUGGGCAACUGUGUGGGGAGGAGAGGCUGGCUUUGCCGCUCCUGCUUCUCAGUCUACUGUCGAUAUUAACACUCCAGUGGAUAGUCGAUAUGAUCCUGUCGCAGAGUUGCUACUAGGAGACUCCACGAAUGAGAAACUUGUUUCCGCAGAGACUUCUGGCAAGCCUGUCUCCGGGUUGGCGAUUGAUUUGGAGAAUCCCAUGAAUCUAGCCGAGACUGCCAAGGUCAAGGAGAAAGAGGAAUGGCGCACGCGUCUGUGUUCAUCCAGGGAAGUCUCGCUACCACCAGCUGCAGUUGAAUUACUCUACCGAGCGGACUGCCUGUUUGUCGCCUCGACUCAUGGUACAGCAGACAUGGACACCAAUGUCCGCGGUGGGCCUCCAGGCUUUGUACGACUCGUGAGCAACGGACCUAGCGGUUCUGUUUUCGUAUAUCCUGAAUACUCUGGCAAUAGAUUAUAUCAGACGCUGGGUAACCUCCUGACAACUCCUCUGGCAGGAUACGUUUUCCCAGACUUUGACACAGGAAACGCACUCUAUGUCACCGGAAGAACCCAGGUCUUGAUUGGCAAGGACGCGGCUGCGUUGCUUCCACGAUCAAAUCUAGCUGUCAAAGUGACCGUCACUUCCGCUCGUUACGUCGAGAAGUCACUUGCCUUUAGAGGAAUUGCCGGCGCACCCUCUCCAUACAACCCAAGUGUACGUUACCUGGCCACAGAAAGGGUCGAUCCGGUCGCUCAGCUUAGUGAUGAUGUCUCUGUUACUGCUACCAUGGUUGCAAAGGAGGUUCUUACUCCGAGCAUCGGUCGGUUUCGCUUUCGAAUUUCAGAUCCAUCCAAAAUCGGGACCUGGACUCCCGGCCAGUAUGCCACCUUCUCAUUUCAGGAGGAGUUGGACUUGGGCUAUCGCCAUAUGCAUGAUGACGAUCCUUCGAGUCUGAAUGAUGACUUUGUCAGGACAUUCACUAUUUCCUCAUAUCCAGGACAUGGACUGCCAGCAGAUGAAUUUGAAAUCACAGUUCGCAAGCACGGCAACGUGACCAACCACCUCUUCAGGACGAGCGAACGCGCCGGUUUAGAGGUCCCCCUCAAAGGCUUCGGUGGCGAGUUUAGGCUGGACGAUCAAGAAGGUGGCUGCACAAUUCCAGUUAUAGCGGGCGGAAUUGGUAUCACACCCGUCAUUGCACAGCUGCCAGGCAUCGAUGUGUCGAGCCUACGGCUCAUGUGGUCCAUUUCUAUUACUGAUGUAGGCCUUGUCUUCGACACAUUCCAGCGCUUCCCUCAACUGCCAGGUUCAACCACUCUAUUUCUCACUGGGCCUAAGCCAAAGGAUGAGAAGGGAUCUCAGCAUCUUGAUGCCGUAGUAUUAUCUGGUGCGAGAAUCGAGCAUCGCAGGAUGGAGGCCCAAGAUUUGGAUACGUCCUUGGGGGAUGCCUGGUAUUUCUGCGGGAGCCCUUCACUCAAGCGCUCCGUCAUGACUUGGCUGGCAGGGAAGCGACUUAUCUACGAGGAGUUCACCUACUAG